AUGACCGACUCGAACGUCAAAGCGAGUCUCCGCCAAUGCGACGACAGUGACGGUGAUGCAGCAGAGAUCGCUGACGUCUUUGAUAUCGUGAAAGAUGACAACGGCCCUUCUUCUCAACUCACGGUGAGGUCGUUGCCGUAUGUCAAGUGCCGCGGUAGUGCGAGCGCUGUCUUCAGCUUUGACUCGGCCGCGCGCCGCCACAUCUCACUGGUGUCCAAUGCAACAUCCGACACCGUUGACUCGUCACCUGAACAUGCCAAUAAGCUCCCCACGUCGCUCUCGUACUCGGUUCCGCCCAUUACGAUGGUGACCACCACGCCCCGCGGCCGUCCCGCUGUAGACGUCAUUGCCACUUAUAUGAACACAUGCGAUCAGCGCACUGUAAAGUCAGAGCUCAUGCGCGCUCAUGCGCACUUUGCGUCUCCUCGAGGUGGUCCGCCGUCGCGCAUCCGAUCGUCUUCCCUGAUGAGUAGAGAAGGCAGCGCCGAGUGGGGCUGGUUCGCAGACAUUGACUCGAGUAGCGAGAGCUGGGGCGGCGAUGGUUCCAUUCACUCGCUACGUCGUCGAUUGAGUGCUGAUUUGGGACUCAUAGACGUAGGCAACGUUCAUGUCCUAGGUGACGAACAGACAAACACACGUAUUACGGCAGCACACAAAACAUUUACAAUCGUCACAGAAGGCAAUGGCAAGGUUGUCUCUGCUACAGUAUCCAUCCCCAAGUUUCGGAUUGUGCAGUCGCGCUCGGGUGCUGAUCGUCACGCGCAGUAUUUAAUUACCCUUAUGCUCGGCAAGGAGCUUUACGCAGACUGGCGUCGGUACUCGGAGUUCGGGGAGCUAGUGAAGACGCUUGAUGAAAAGCGCUACACGCGGACACAAGACGCUUGGGCAGGCAUCGAGACGCGCUGGUUCAAUCGGCUGGAACCAUCGUAUUUGCACCAAAAGUGCAUCACUCUUGAAAAUUUCAUCCGCGAGCUCAUGUACGAAUCGAACGAGCCAACUGUGCUGAUUAACUUUCUUGGCGGCUAUCUGGGCAAGGUAAACGCGCGACCUAUGGACUCCGUGGCAUUUCGCCCAGCUGCACAGCUCCCGAAGGAACUUCGUCCACCACAGCCGCAACACGAGCGAGAGCUCUUUGAAAAGAUGUGGGCGGAGAACUUUAAGCGGUCCCACGUGGACUACGCGACAGAUUUGCCGUCGAGCCAAACAGCCAGCUAG